UAACCAAACAACAAUGAAAUAUAGCCAUUAAUUAUUCAAGUUAUAUUAUUAUAUAUCUGCCAACCAAGACUGACAUUAGCUUUCUACUAACUCUGAAACCUGCACUGAAGAAAAACAGUCUCUCUCUUCUAGUGACACACAGUGGGGUUGAUCUAAUGUUGCUUCAUAUAUUGGCUUCCAUGUAAUGCUUAUACUUUGUCUUUUCCAUUUCUACCAAUUGUGCUAAGGUUACAUAUUUUGAAUGAUAAGACAGAAAAUAAUUAACACUGAUUGUGUGUUCCUCAAUUUCUAACUUUCUGGGCAUUGGAGGCUGAAGAUGGUGAGACCAGGAAUAACAGUAAGAGGGUGCAGGCCUUUUGGAGCAAGGCUCAGGCUUAUUAUCAUACUCCUUUUCAUGGCUGCUUGUACUAGGUGGAUGUUUUUAACUCCUUUUUCUUUGAAGCUUGACUAUGAGCUCCGAAAUUCAACACAACAUGAUCACAGGAAGGUAAGAUGGAGAGAUUCAGAAAAAGUGGAAGCCAUAUGGGAAAGAAGCCUGAGAGAAGAGAGGAAUCCACAUGACAUUAAUGUUAUUGAUUGGCGUAAGCUUAGUUCCAUGAUUACAUCUGUUAUGGAAACUAACCAGAGCAUGAAGAUUGCGCUUGUGAAUAUUCAAGAAGAAGAAGCUUAUCAAUGGGAAACUCUGGGAGAAACCAAAGUAAUAAAAUUUGAUCUAAUUGAUUCAGAGGAAGUGCAGUGGACUGAUCUGUUUCCAGAGUGGAUAGACGAAGAAGAGCAGUAUACAGCUCCUGCCUGUCCAAAUGUACCAAUGCCAGAGAUUGAAGAUGAAACAAAGUUUGAUUUGGUUGUUACAAGAGUGCCUUGCAGGAAACCAGAGAAAGGGUGGUCUAGAGAUGUUGUGCGCCUUCAAAUCCAGCUUGUUGCUGCACGGGUUGCUGCUAAGCUUUCCAGAAAUGGGAAGAGCAUGGCUAUGCUGUUUUUGACUUCAUGUCGACCAAUGCUUGAUCUGUUUAGGUGUGAAGACCUUGUUAAGCAACAGGAUGAUGUUUGGCUUUACACAUCCCAGGUUAAAAAGCUGGCUCACAAGAUUUCUCUGCCUGUUGGAUCUUGUGAAUUGGCUGUGCCCCUCAAAGAUCAAGGCAAGAUGGUCCAGAUGGCAAAUGCAAAGGCAAAUCGGAGCGAAGCAUACGCCACAAUUCUUCAUUCCUCAGAAACGUAUGUAUGCGGUGCCAUAGUUCUGGCGCAGAGCAUACGAAUGAGCGGGUCAAGCAAGGAUCUCAUCAUUUUGGUGGACAAGAGGGUUAGAGAAGAGAAACGAAAAGGGCUACGAGCAGCCGGGUGGCAGGUACGAGAAAUACGCAGGAUCAGAAACCCCAUGGCCGAAAAGGAAUCCUAUAACGAGUGGAAUUACAGCAAAUUCAGGCUAUGGCAGCUCACUGAGUAUGACAAAAUCAUCUUCAUUGACUCUGAUCUUCUCAUUCUUCGAAAUUUAGACUUCUUAUUCGAUCUCCCGCAAAUCUCUGCCACCGGCAACAGCAGAUUCGUCUUCAACUCGGGAAUGAUGGUGAUCGAGCCCUCCAAUUGCACUUUCAGAUACCUGAUGGAUCACAGAAAAGAUAUCAUAUCUUACAAUGGUGGAGACCAGGGUUACCUGAAUGAGGUGUUCACAUGGUGGCACAGGCUGCCUAGGCGAAUAAACUACUUGAAACAUUUCUGGUCCAAUGAUACCGAAGAAUAUGAGAUGAAAACCAGUCUGUUUGGUGCAGAUCCUCCAGAGCUAUAUGUGCUGCAUUUCUUGGGCGUAAAGCCUUGGUUGUGUUACAGGGAUUAUGACUGCAACUGGAAUGUAGAGAACCAGAGGUCUUAUGCAAGCAAUGUUGCUCAUGCCAGAUGGUGGAAGGUUCAUGACAAUAUGCCAACUCAACUGCACAAAUUUUGCCUCGUUCCUGCACUUCAGAAGGAGAUUUUGGAGUGGGAUAGGUUGCAAGCUCAAAUCGCAGGGUUCACAGAUCAGCACUGGAAGCGCAAUAUCACAGAUCCUAGACUGUAUAUGUGAUCAUUACACGGAUUUACAGGGGAGCUUAUUCUUACAGAGAUACGCAGGGGAAUCUAGAAGUCUCUUGAAUUCAAAAUUGCAUUUCUCGCUUACAAGCUUGAAAUUUUUUCAGUGGGCUCAAUUCAAAAUUGCCGGCGAUGGAUUCUUUUUUAUAAGAAGAUGAAGUGAGUCUCUUAUACUAAUGUGACCAAUAGGGAGAUUAUACUUCUUUCACUUGGGCAACUAGCUUCUCCAACUGCUCCUGGAUUUCUUUGUAGAAUCUGUAGGUGACUGAUUUUUUUCAUGGGCUAAGCUACACUGGAGAAGAAAUUUUUGCAUUAUAUCAAAAGUUUCUUGUGAGCCAUUGGGCAUUCUUGUGCUGCAUUUUGAUGAGGAAAUGAAGCAUCUAGGAUAGGAUUUGGGGAGCCAUUUUAGAGUAUACAUUAGACAAUGAUAUUCAAACUCACUGAAAUUUACAGUAUAUUGUGUAACUUAUUUGGAGUUUAUAUUUAUGGGCAAAUUUGAAAUUAUCUCACAUUGUCAAGUGCUGGUAAAUACUACCAAUUUUUGACAUCUAGUGGAGACUUCAUGACUGAAUUUUUCUACGAAACAGUGCCUUUGAACUGUUUUAAUUAUUGUACAUUGUGAAACAUCUUUCUGGUGUUGCCUCUUUGGACAGAUGCAAUUUGAAGGUCUAUGAGUAAGCUUUGCUCAAGGCCCAUGUUUAAGUCAA